AUGCUUAUGGCACUGCUGCUGAUGCUUUGCCUCACUGCGGCAAGUUGCUCGGAUGUGGCGCAGGAUGCGGACGAAGAUUACGAGCCGCAGGCGGAAAACUUCGAUGGACGCUCCUUCUUCUUUCUGGGCACCUUGUUUCGACGCUGGCGCGAUCGUUGGAUGGCCUUUCAUAAUGCAGCACCGCUCUAUGCUGGCGCUGCUUUUCCCAUCAAUGGUUACUUCAACUGUCCGUCUUAUGGCUGUAAUCCUGCUGCCAUUGGACCUCAACCAGGCGGCUAUUAUCCUGCCUACUAUGCCGCACCUCUUCAGCCACAACCACAACAGCAGCAACAGCAGCAGCAACAACAUGCUCAAGGCAACAGCAAUGUUUACAUCUAUCCGAGUGAUCAGCAUGGUAUUCCUCCCUAUGGUCCUGGCUUCCCUGGCCCAACACGGCAGCCUCCACCUCUGUCUCCGCCGCCGCCGCUGCCACUGCCAUUGCCGCCACCAACUCUGCUGCCACCGUCGCUUCCGGCGUCGCCACAAGCGGGCGCCAGCAGUUUUGGAUUUGGAUUUGGAUCUGGACCAAUUCCCCUUCCCGGCUGUGGCACCAACCCGAUGGCCUGUGCUCUCGGCUAA